AUGUUCUGUCCGCAACUCGCUAAUUUCCUCUCGGACAUUUGUGACUCUGAAAACCCUGUGGAAUAUUUUUAUCGAGGAGAAGGAUCCAUGAGGUUACUGAAAGCAAUUAAUGAAGAAGGCACCAAUUCGACAUCACUCAACAUCCCAUUUCUAUCAUGGGAUCAGUCAAAAUUGGUUGCGGAUGCCAUUUUCGACCCUGAUAUUGCAAAAGAUGUGGCGAAAAUGACUACCGGGAGAGCGCUGAAAAAUCUUCUCGAGCUCACAAAAACCGGAGAGUAUCCUGGAUCUAAGUGGGAACCGACAGAAGAGGGAUCGUUCUCGGUGCUUGCUGUCGACGAGCAUGGACAAGCUGUUUCAUUCGGAUCAUCUCUGGGAGACAAGUUUGGCUCGCGUCAGUUCACCAGUCUCGGCUUUUUCCUCAACAACGCUAUGGGAUCGUUUACAUACGGUACACGACCGGGAUCAGUGGAGUCUCGUAACGCUCCACAACCAGCGAAAUGUCCUCGAACACAGAUGGUCGCCAAUGAUUGCAUCCAGGGACGGGAAAGGUGGAAUUCGUUGCUGGAGGAACAAACUAUCCUGAGCUGUGCAGAGUCGUUGCAGAUGCUUUGCUGGAUCGCAGAACGCCCGAUGGUCUCAGCACCCCUUUACUGUCCAGAACUAAGGAUGGCUUGGAAUUGA